GUGGAGUUCAGUAUAUAUAGACAAUGUUAGACGUAAUUAGGUGUACUACUACUGAUAGUGAUUCAUAACAUCAUGACAUAUACUAGUAGAUGUGGUGAAACAGUGGGAUAAUUAUUUACAGCUGGAGAUAGCCGUUUGAAGUACAAUGUAUGUCUGCUUGGACUUUUUGUUUGUGUCCAUUAUCAGUUUAAGUAGCUAAAGGACAAGGCCAGUGAAGAGGACAAAUUCAAACAAAAACACUUGAAGACUGUUGAUCAAUGAUUUACAUAACAAAAACAAAACACCUGAACUUUGUGCUAGAAACCAAGAUAUACAUGUGUGUUCAUUCAAAUAUACACUUCAUUAGAUAGAUGACAUGAAGUGAUACUGCAGAUAAUGAAGUCCUAUCUUGAUUGUAAAAGUGAAUGUAUGUUAAAACAAUGAUGGCUGCUGUAGGAACCACAUUUCUAGUGGAUCAUCCAUCCCGGGAACUCCUUUCAGACGAACCGACGACUGACUGUGCCUGGAACUGUUCAGGCCACGGUGUCUGUGAACAUGGCCACUGUGUUUGUCGGGUUCAGUUUAUUGGAGGAUCUUGUGAAGAGACCAACAUGAGUUACCACAUCGCUUUUGGGUCCAUCUUCGCCUGCCUCUGUGCUGUUACCAUCACACAACUGUGUCUCUGCAUCAAGUUUGAAUAUCUCCGAGACCACCAGAAAUCGUUCCUGAGUGCCUGUAAGCUAACAGUACAGAAACUGUUGUAUGUCUUGGUUAUUUGUGCUGCAGCAGUACGCGGGGCUUAUUUCUUCUCAAAGUGGCAAGUCUCCGAGGACACAGCCUCCAGUCUUUUCAGCACAUAUUACCCAUUUCUUCUCACAGGAUUCUCUCUCAUCGUGUGCUUCUGGGCAGAGGUGUUUCACAUCAGCAAUCAAAAGCCUCAGACAUUCCUGAGCAAGUCGAUGUUGGCCUUCAUCCUGUUCAACAUCCUCAUCUACAUGAUGCUCGGGGCUCAGCUUGCUGUCACCAAACUCAUGGACGACACACCAUUCAAGGAUAUAGUGCUGCGUGGUUGUCAAGGAGGAUUUGCUUUUCUUAUGAUUAUUGUCGUCAUAUUAUUCCUCGUCUAUGGAGUUGAAGUUUAUUUCAAGGUCCGAGGAGCGUUCACCCAAGCUGAGAAUGGCUAUGAUCCCAUACAGCUAUGUCUGUCUCGGUUUGGUCUGCUGGCACAGGGAGGACUUCAGCUCAUCACAGCUCUGUUUCUCGUGUCCGACGCUCUCAAGGAAGUCUGGAUAGAAAAACUGCCAGUAUUCAGUCAGAAUUACUAUGAUAUAGUUUUCAGAGUUGUGGAGUUUGGAGUCGCUCUCUGGUUUCCGUGUGUAUUGUGGAACUGUGCCCAGCCAGACCGACUGUGGGUUCUGAAUCCAAGAAGAAUAUUUAAAAGUUUAGACUUUGGUCACACAGAAGCAGGAGAAACAAGUUCCUUACUCAGUGAAGACAUCAAGCAAUCUAAUUAUGGGACUCUUGAUGCUGAUGAGCCAGGCCAUGACUGCUGGAUCUGCUACGACCCAAACUCCACGGACUCAGGAGCUCUCAUACAGCCGUGUCUGUGUAAGGGAGAUGUGUCCACUGUCCACCACAACUGUCUGCAAAAAUGGUUGCUGGAGAGAUCAGAGAACAACAGAAGUCUGAAGUGUAGCGUGUGCAACCAAAUGUACCACUUGCAGGAGACAUUCAGCUGGACUCCCAAAGGUGCAAAACCUCAGCAGUGGCUGACCACCGCAUUGCUCCUCAUCAUCAUCACUGGACUGCCCAUCGCUGCCUACUGUGUGUGUCACUACCUUUCAGCCAAUAGCUACAUUGAAAGUCUGGUCACUGGAAUUACAAUCAUUGCAGAACUUCUGUCACUGAGAUUCUUUUGUAAAAACCUGUCUGUAGUCUGCAACAGAAUACGGGUGGCCUCUCUGAAUAUUCUCGGAAACAAGUGACGUGUGUACCGAAGUCAUCAAAAUGCAUUCCAGGAUUGAGAGUAAAGUACCAUUUUAACAAGGACUUAUGUCAUACGGUGUUAUCUUACGUCAAUUUCAAAGCCAGAAGCUUGUUAAGUGAGAGAGGAGAGAAAAACAUUGUACAGUAUUAUCCAUCCAAGUUCAUCCCACACUUAUAAGAAACCAUCCCAUCAACAGGAAAAAGCUAUGAAAUGCCGAUUCUACAGCUAUAGGUUGUUCACUGUGGUUGCUUUCAUGUGACAUUUAUUCAAUAAUUUAAAACUUAAAUUAAAUUAUAAAACUGUACAUUUUUUACAGUGCCAAAGUUCUAAUGUAUUGUAAUAAAAAAAUAAUAAUAAUAAAAAGUAGAUUAUA